UCAGAGAAUGUCGGAACUCUGGUACUAUCACUGUUUCCGAAUUUGUUUAUUUCACCAACUCUCCUGGCAAACGGGGGGCAAUUUGUUCCCAGCAUCUACGUUACCUUGAAGACAUGUCCGCCUUCCGGCUGUCUUGGGUCCUGCCCCAAGUUGCAGUGGCACUCCGGAGAAGACCAUGCCCAGUGUCUCCAACAGCUGUAGUAGCUGUGAAUCACUACCACGCCAGGCAAGACCAGCUACCUCUCUGCCGCGUUGUGUGGAACCUCACAUCGUUCAUUUCCUCCAGGAACACUGCUGGAUUCUCUACACAACCAACUGGUGAUGGAGACAAUGAGGAACCACCAGAGGACAAACCCAAGAAACCCAAAAUAAAACAGGACCCACGCGCCCGUCAGACCAUCAGCAGCGUGGGACGAAAGAUCCAACACCGCCGCCUCCUGCUGCUGGACGACACAGGCGAGAACCUGGGCACGUUUCACCGGGCAGACGUGAUCAGGAUGAUGGAGGAGAAGCAGUUGAAGCUGGUGGCGGUGAACGAGAGAGCCGACCCGCCGGUGUUCAGGCUCUUGACCGGGAAACAGAUCCAUGAAGAGCAGAUGAAACUACGAGAAAAGAUGAAGAACAAAUCGGGACCUGUACAGGUGAAAGAGUUGACCAUGUCCUCUGACAUAGGAUCAGGUGACCUCAACACCAAACUUCGACAAGUCAGCUCUUGGCUGGAUAAGAAGCAUCAUGUCAGACUAACAUUACGAGCAAGUAACUACAGCAGUGUUGAUGACGCACAACCACUGGACAAAAGCCUAGAGGUGACGCUCUCUAAACUGGGCAUGCUCUUUGGCUAUGUGUCACCGCCCCGAGUCAUCAAAGAGGGACGAGCUGCAUCUUGUGUCAUCAGACCUCCUACAGACAAGGAGAAGAAGGCUGCCAUGGCAACAUCAACAUCCACAGAGACCACCGCCAUAUCCAAAGACACUGCUCCAUCUACUUCCACUGCCAAAGAAGGCUCAGUGGAGAAAGAGAUGGAUUCUAAAUGAAGUCAGUGACGUUGAAGUCAGACGGAGUGUAAAAAGAUAUUUUUUGGAAAGAUUUUGAGGUGGGAGUGUAUAGGUACACAAAGACUAUUUACCUCAAAGAUGGUCUGAAGACCACAAAAAACGGUAAGACGUUGGUCAAUUGUGUUCUCCCUUUGAUGAGGAAGAUUUAACUCCUGCUUAAGGAAUACUUAUGUGACAAUGGGGACUGACUUGAAAUUGACAGUGCCCAAGCAUAUCAAGCCCGAGAAAGACAGGUCUUGAAUAAAAUGUGCCUAAAAAAUG